AUGCAUCUCGAGAUCAGCGUCAUUGCUGGACUGGUCCUGGCCGUUGGCUCUGCCCAGUCAGCGCUUGACGUAGGCCUCUCGCCGCUGCGCAUCUUUCUUCUUGCUUUCAUUGCUCAGUACAGUCUUUUCAAAGCAUACCGCGUCUUCGUGUAUCCCCGCUAUGUCUCCAGGCUGCGACACUUGCCCGGUCCCACGGACGGCCAUUUCUUCAUCGGUCAGAUGGCCAAGCAGCUCCUCACGCCGGGGCCCGUGGACGUCUUCCUCGACUGGAUGCGCAGGUGGCCGGACGAGCCCCUGAUCCGCUACCUGUCAAUCGGCAACUCGGAGACCAUUAUGAUCAACAGCCCAGCAGUGCUCAAGGAGAUGCAGCAGACCAAGUCCUACUCCUUCUGCAAGCCGAAGAUUGCCGCCCGCAUGUUCAGCCCCAUCACGGGCCACGGCAUCCUCUUUGCCGAGGGCGAAAUCCACAAGCGUCAGAGGAACCAGCUGAGUCGCCCCUUUUCUCUUAGCAACGUCAAAAGGCUCCUGCCCGUCCUCCAGGGAAAAGCCAAAGAGCUCAGCGCGGCCCUCGGCAGAGACAUGGGUCCCGACGCCGCGAAGACCGUGACGGUGGAACCCUUUUUCCAAAAGGCAGCGCUCGACGUGCUCGCCAUCGCAAGCAUAGGCUACGACCUCGGCAGCCUCUCGACGGCGUCGGCCUGCUUCCACGCCGUCUACGACCGCAUCAUCCACCAGCCGCGCCUCGGCCACGUCCUCACGUUUCUCGACGGCCACGUGCCCCUGCGCGCGUGGCUGCCGUUGCCGCUAAACCGGCGCUGGCUCCGCGACAAUGCGCUCAUCCGGCAGAUGCUCCUCGGCAAGCUGCAGCUGCAGAAGCAGCGCGUGCUGCGGCGGCAGUGUCGGCGGAUCCGCCGAGGCAGGAAGACUGGGACGACCAAGAGCUGCUCGAUUUCGUGGAGUGACCCUGAUACCAUUCCUCAGACUGCCAUGCACCCUGUCGUGCUGACGUGUACCAAAAAAAAACAGGUCCUCAACUUCAUCGCCGGCGGACACGAGACCAUCGGGACGGCGCUCACAUGGGCGUCCCACGUCCUCUCGACAAGGUCGGACGUACAGGCGCAGCUCCACGCCGAGGUCGAGGCUCUCUACCGGGGCAAGCCGGAGGCAGCAUGGAAUCCGCAGUACGGCGAGAUAGAGAGUCUCCGCCAUCUGAACAAUUUCGUGCGCGAGCUGCUGCGCGUCUACAGCCCAGCCCUCUUCCUGCCGCGAGAAGCGUCCGAGGACGUCACGCUCGCGAACACGCUCAUCCCCAAAGGCACUUUGGUCGUCAUCGUGCCAGCGGUCACCCAUUUCAACACGCACAUCUGGGGCCCCGACGCCGAGGCUUUCCGUCCCGGACGAUGGGACGAGCGUGGCGAAAAGAGGGAGCCGGGCCUGGGUCGUGACCCCUAUUCAUUCGUGCCGUUCCUGCACGGGGCCCGUGGGUGCAUUGGCAAGGCGUUCGCCAUGCUCACCCUGAAGGUCAUGAUCAUCGAAAUGGUGCGGGAAUUUGGCUUCACUGCACCGCCGGGGCAGAAUGGCGACGUGGAGUAUGCCAACCCAAACUUCACCCUGAGACCCAAGGAUCAUCUGCGCGUCGUCGUCGAAAAGAGGCGCAAGGGCGGCAUUGUGACGGGUACGAGGUGA